CAAUAAAUGGUACAACAAAGAACACCUUAAUCAAAAUGAUGACUAGAAAAACUUAUUGUCAAUCUCUAUACAUAAUCUCAUCAUCAUCAUCAUCAUCAACACCAACCCCAUCACGCACAAAGUUUUCCACAAGUAGUACCACAAGAAACCCAACGAAUUUUCCAUUUCCAAACCAUCCUUAUCCAACACCUUAUGAAAUCUUUCAUUUACCAAAAACAGCCAACACGAUUGAAAUCAAAUCAAGAUAUUAUCAAUUAGUCAAAAUCCAUCAUCCCGAUCUAGGGUUUUCAAUCACUCAUCUUCCCAGCAGCAGCACCACAAAUCCAUCAAAAGCUCAUCAAACCGGUUCACAAAGUAUUGGAUCAGAAGAUCGGUUUAAGAAGAUUGUAGAAGCCUAUGAACUUUUAAAAUCUCCUUCUAGACGUCAAGUUUAUUUAAAUUCAGGUGAAGGAUGGCCAAGAUCUUCAAACUCAUCUAGCCGUGCUUCUCGUGCCCCUCCUUCUUCUUCCUCCUCCGAUCGACCUUAUCGACCGUUUUAUCCAAGUUCGUUAUGGGAUUGGACAUCAUCUAAUCCAAGAAAUGAAACCAAUCGAUAUACUACUUCAACUGAUGAUGAUGAUCAUUGGUUUUCAUCCCGAUACCAUCAAUCAUCUUCAACUUUUAAAGAACAAUGGGAACGUGAUGGAUUAUUUACCAAGAAUGGAAUCUUUAUUUCUUCACUAGGUUGUGUGGGUGUGAUGUUUUAUUGUUUUCAAGCUUGGAAAGUGAUGCCUUUAUUAGAUCAUAACAAAAAGUAUCAAGAUUCAAAUGGUUCUUCGAAUUUCAAUUCACAUCGAUCUGAACCUAUUGGUGAUAAAAGACUUGAUUGGGAAGCAUGGCAUCAAUCAAAUCCUACAGCUUCACAACCUACCCCACAACCGUCUAUUCACACCAGCUCAUUAUCUCCCGAACAUCAUGGGUCUUAUCCACAUCCAUUGGCACCUACAUCGUACAUGGACGUGAUCAACAGACGAAGUCAGAAUGCGGCCAAAGACCUCAAGGCCGCUCGAGCUGCUGCUAUUUCUCCUAGUCAUCUUGCAGGAGGCAAAUCUAUCACACCUGACCUUGUCUCAUCUCACACACGUUCAUGACAUAUCAUCCUCAUUGCGCGAUAGACUAGCUUCUUCUGCUUGCUUGGACUGAUCAGAAACUGUUUUUCAAGAUCCACAGAAGCCAUACCUAUCACAAGACCUAUACGAUCCGUAUCAAAUCAUGACCCCAAUCUUUUUUCUCUAUAUUUCGAUUUGUAUAAGAUGUGUGAUUUAUAAAUUAUGGAAUAUUGCAAUUUUAACCAUCUGUAAGUUUUAGUGUGCGAAACCUCAAAAGUAAAGAAUUUCAAAGUUACUUGU